AACAACAGCAGCAGUCAUACUCGGCCCAUCGAACGUCUCGCCAUGCUCCUCCUGUUGCUAGUGCUGGUACCGCUGACGAGCGCCGCGGCCGCCGGCGUGCCGCCCGCCGACCGCUACCACCCCGCUAGCCGGGACUCUGUGGCUGAACUCCCGGUGCGAGCUCGCGAGACCGAGGCCAGCUACUGGUAUGCCGAGGCGCAGGCAGCGAUCAAUGCCCGGCUGGCGCACAAGGAGAGCGUCAAGAAAGCGCGCAACGUGGUCAUGUUCCUGGGCGACGGCAUGUCCGUGCCCACGCUCGCGGCCGCGCGGACGCUGCUCGGCCAGCGCCGCGGACACACCGGCGAGGAGGCACAACUCGCUUUUGAGAAGUUUCCCACUUCGGGUUUAGUCAAAACAUACUGCGUCAAUUCUCAAGUGGCGGACUCUUCGUGCUCUGCGACCGCGUACUUGUGUGGCGUGAAGGCCAACCAGGGCACGCUUGGGCUGACCGCCGCCGUGCCGCGCUGGGACUGCGACGCCUCCACCGACUCCUCGCAGCACGUGCAGUCCAUCGCCGAGUGGGCCCUCGCAGACGGCCGCGACGCCGGAAUCGUGACGACGACGCGCAUCACUCACGCGUCCCCUGCCGGCGUGUACGCCAAGGUGGCCAACCGGCACUGGGAGAAUGAUGCCAAGGUCAGAGAGGACGGCGCCGACCCCGCGCGCUGCCCAGACAUCGCGCACCAACUCGUGCACAUGCGCCCCGGCAACCAAUUCAAAGUCAUAUUAGGAGGUGGGCGGCGUGAAUUCAUUCCGACAUCAUCACUGGGAACCAGAACUGAUGGCCGCAACUUGAUUGAGGAAUGGCAGAACGACAAAGUUUCAAGAAACCUUGAUCAUCGAUAUAUAAAUACCCGAGCACAACUCAUUGAGUCGCUGUCUUCGCCGCCAGAGUAUCUGUUGGGCUUGUUUGGAGACAAUCACCUCAACUAUCACAUGCAGUCUAAUCUUACGACAGACCCAACGCUUGCGGAGCUAACUGAGAUAGCAAUCCGGUCUCUGAGUAGAAACGAGAAGGGCUUCUUCCUGUUCGUAGAAGGCGGACGCAUCGACCACGGACACCACGACAACUUCGUAGAGCUAGCGCUGGACGAGACGCUGGAGAUGGACAAGGCUGUGGAACGCGCCGCCGAGCUGCUCUCUGAGGACGACUCGCUGAUUGUGGUCACAGCGGACCACGCCCACGUCAUGGCUUUCAAUGGGUACUCGAGACGUGGACAUGACAUCCUUGGCCCUUCCAGAGACUUGGACGAAAAAGGAGUGCCUUACAUGACGCUCUCUUACACUAACGGGCCCGGCUUCCGUGCACAUGUGAACGGCGUGCGCCCUAAUGUCACCGCUGAGAGCAGUUACCGAGGAUUAGAGUGGCGAGCCCACGUAGACGUUCCACUGGAAGAAGAGACGCACGGUGGAGACGAUGUGGCGGUGUUUGCGCGCGGGCCGCACCACUCCAUGUUCACGGGGCUGUACGAGCAGAGCCAGCUGCCGCACCUCAUGGCGUACGCCGCCUGCAUCGGCCCCGGCAGACACGCCUGCAGCGCCGCCACGCAUGCGCUGGCACAGCCAAUACAUAUAGUGGUCAUGACUGCGUUUUUAACUGUAUUGUCUCAAUAUAAUUUUAAGAUCUGAUUUUAUAAAAAUUAAAAGGUACUCAAGAUUUAGGAUCAAAAAAACAAAAUC